UGCUUUUCGAAGUUGGCUCAGUGUUAAUUCAACAGCGGAGUUGGCCAGCGGUGUGUGCGUGUGCGUAUUCAAGCAGUUACAAAGUGAGAGGCCAGGAAUUAUAUUCAACCACGACGUAUUGUGCAAGCAAAACUAGUAUACGACUGGGCCAGUGAAUAAAAAUCUAUUUGACAAAUAUUUGUAUUUGUAUCAUUCAAUAUGUGUGGAAUUUUUGCCUACCUAAACUAUUUGACUCCCAAGUCACGCCUGGAAGUGCUGGAUCUUCUGGUCACUGGUUUGAAGCGCUUGGAGUAUCGUGGCUAUGAUUCCACAGGUGUUGCAAUUGACGCUCCGGAUAAUAAAAAUAUCGUGAUGGUGAAACGAACGGGAAAAGUAAAGGUGCUGGAGGACGCCAUACAAGAAAAUUUUAGUGGUAGCGAGUAUAGCGAACCAGUGUUGACCCACGUCGGCAUUGCGCACACACGUUGGGCCACCCACGGCGUGCCCUGCGAGCUUAAUUCGCACCCGCAUCGUUCUGAUGAGGGAAACAGUUUCGUAGUCGUGCACAACGGCAUAAUUACCAAUUACAAUGACGUUAAGACGUUCCUGCAGAAGCGUGGCUAUGAGUUCGAAUCGGAUACGGACACUGAAGUAUUUGCCAAGCUUGUACAUCACUUAUGGAAAAAACAUCCUGGCUACUCGUUUCGGGAGCUGGUCGAGCAGGCUAUACUACAAGUGGAGGGCGCCUUUGCCAUAGCAGUUAAGUCGAAGCAUUUUCCUGGUGAGUGCGUGGCGUCCCGUAGAAGCUCCCCCCUACUAGUCGGUAUCAAGACCAAGACGCGUUUGGCCACCGAUCAUAUUCCCAUUUUGUACGGAAAAGAUGACAAUCAGAAGAAGAACCCCGAUAAAGAUGCUGAAUCAGGCAAACCUACAGAAAUUCGUCCCCACGGUCAAACUCGUGAAUUGCCAGUUCUACCGCGCUCGGAUAGCACUUCGGAGUUCAUGCCGCUGGAGAAUAAGGAAGUAGAGUAUUUUUUCGCUUCGGACGCAUCCGCUGUCAUUGAGCAUACUAACCGUGUUAUCUACUUAGAGGACGAUGACGUUGCAGCCGUGCGCGAUGGUACUCUGAGCAUCCAUCGCCUCAAGAAGAGCCUGGAUGAUCCGCAUGCGCGUGAGAUAACUACUUUAAAGAUGGAGAUACAGCAGAUCAUGAAGGGCAACUAUGAUUACUUCAUGCAAAAGGAAAUUUUCGAGCAGCCCGAGUCUGUGGUCAACACAAUGAGGGGUCGAGUACGCUUUGAUGGGAACUCAAUUGUGCUGGGAGGAAUUAAGGAUUACAUACCGGAGAUCAAACGCUGCCGUCGCCUAAUGCUUAUUGGUUGCGGAACCUCCUACCACAGCGCCGUAGCUACGCGCCAGCUGCUGGAGGAGCUCACAGAGCUGCCUGUCAUGGUAGAGCUUGCAUCGGACUUCUUGGAUCGCAACACUCCCAUUUUCCGCGAUGAUGUGUGCUUUUUCAUCUCACAAUCAGGUGAAACCGCAGAUACUCUGAUGGCUCUUCGGUACUGCAAACAGCGCGGUGCACUGAUCGUCGGAAUUACAAAUACCGUGGGCAGUAGUAUCUGCCGUGAGUCGCACUGCGGCGUACAUAUCAAUGCUGGACCUGAGAUCGGCGUCGCCUCGACGAAGGCAUACACAUCCCAAUUUAUAUCAUUGGUUAUGUUCGCAUUGGUUAUGUCCGAGGAUAGAUUGUCUCUGCAGCAGAGGCGUCUUGAGAUUCUGCAGGCACUAUCGAAACUUGCCGACCAGAUAAGGGAGGUUCUCAAGUUAGACAAAGUGGUACAGGAACUUGCCAAGGAUCUUUAUCAGCACAAAUCCCUAUUAAUCAUGGGCCGGGGCUAUAACUUUGCCACCUGCCUCGAGGGCGCUCUAAAAGUGAAGGAACUGACUUAUAUGCACAGUGAAGGUAUUAUGGCCGGAGAACUGAAGCACGGUCCUCUGGCACUCGUCGAUGACUCCAUGCCUGUGUUAAUGAUUGUACUCCGAGAUCCCGUAUACACAAAAUGUAUGAAUGCUCUGCAACAGGUUACAUCACGCAAAGGCUGCCCAAUAAUUAUCUGCGAAGAGGGUGACGAAGAGACCAAAGCCUUCUCCUCUCGCCACUUGGAGAUCCCGCGCACUGUUGACUGUCUCCAAGGAAUCCUAACCGUUAUUCCCAUGCAAUUGCUCUCUUACCAUAUUGCUGUGCUGCGCGGAUGUGACGUGGACUGUCCGCGUAACUUAGCCAAGUCCGUUACGGUUGAGUGAAUCCAAGAUGAGACUGUCAAGCAUCCACUGAUUUUCAUAUCCAAGAUAUUGAAGAUAAUCUCUAUACAUGUCUGUCAUACACAAAUACAUAUCCGUGCUCUGCACAUUAUUUUAUACAUACAUAACAAGUAUGCAUGUGCGUACUAGUGUUUUACACAUAUAUACAUACAGAUGCAAAUACACGUACAUACUAUAUGUACAUAUCAAUGUA